GGAGAGCACAGAGCAAGAGGCAAUGAACAGGGGACAGAAAACUGAAGAGGAGGAGACAGGGAAGGAAACAUGUUGUACCUGCUGAAAGAAAAAAUUAAUGAGUGUUUAGCUCCCGAGCAACAGGAGUCCAUGGAGGUUACAUGUCAGAGAAGGGGAGGAAGCAAAGUCUCUUGGCAUGGAACUGACGUGGGCACAAGUGCACCAUUAAUCCUGCUAGCGCUGGUCUCAUCCAAUUAUACCUGCUCCACCCUGUUAUAACUACAACUCCCAGCAUCCCCUGACAGCCUACAGGCAUCCGCACAAGCGCUGUAACAAUUAACUUUUAUUGAUGCUGCUUAGACAUAUUACAGAUUAAUUCACCCAAAAGACUGACAUGUUUUAACUGGUUAGACCAGACCCAUUUUUACCUGUUCGUAUUAGUUCCCUGUAGGAAUUCAGCAGAGAAGCCUAUUUUGUGACCAUCAACCUGAUAACUUCCACAUUACCCAUAUCUGCAUUUCCCUACCCUCUGCCAGACCCAAACUCACAGACCUGCAGCAGGACUCUUCUUUACUACUGAUGGGUGAAUCAAUUUGACAGACGAGAAUUCGCUGGGAAUAUCCGCGUUUCACCGUGGGUGAAUACAUUUGUGAAACUGCACCGAAAAUUUUGGACGCGCAUCAGAAAAGUUGCUCGCGUCAAAACCGUCUCGGGUCAACAUUAUUCGGACACCCAUUGACUUUAACACCGGUGUCAAAAUUGACACAGACGUCAAGAAUCAAGUUUCGCUAAUUUCGCUGGAAAUCCGCUGAAUUUUUCACUGCAGCGAAACGGGACAAAUUCGCCCAUCACUGUUCUUUACACCAUAACCCCCUUUCAUGCCUAUGCUUUAUGCCUUCAAAAUGUGCUUCUUAGUCAGAAAUCCAAAAAUGAGCACAUACUUUGAGGUUACUGGGAGCAACAUGCUUGAUGAGCAACAUGUUUCUUGUGAGCCACUGGUUGGGGAUCACUGCUCUAGACUUUUCAUCUUGCAGAUCUUCUCCAAAGAAACUCACUACACUCCUUCACUUGUUCACUCUUCUCUAUUCAGGAUGUUCUCUGAGGACUAUGACGGUCUCAUUGUACGUUCAGCCACCAAAGUCACAGCGGAAGUCCUGACUGCAGGAUCCAGGCUGAAAUUGGUGGGACGAGCGGGAACAGGAGUGGACAAUGUGGACGUUGAGUGUGCCACCAAGAACGGCAUCAUUGUGAUGAACACUCCAACAGGGAACAGUAUCAGUGCAGCAGAACUUACCUGUGGACUCAUUCUCAGCCUGUCCAGGCAAAUUCCACAGGCUGCUGAAUCCAUGAGAGCUGGAAAAUGGGAUCGGAAAAAGUUCAUGGGAUCAGAGCUUUAUGGGAAAACAUUAGGAAUCCUAGGCCUUGGUCGGAUUGGGAAGGAGGUUGCUAUCAGAAUGCAGUCAUUCCAGAUGCAGACCAUCGGUUAUGACCCCAUCAUCCCCCCUGAAGUGACCUCUCAGUUUGGAGUUCAGCAGUUUCCACUGGAAGAAAUCUGGAAGCAGUGUGAUUAUAUCACUGUACACACACCCCUUCUCCCCUCUACUACAGGGUUGAUAAAUGACACAGCAUUCGCAAAGUGCAAACGGGGGGUAAAGGUGAUAAAUUGUGCUAGAGGGGGCAUCAUAGAUGAGGCGGCCCUGCUGCGGGCACUGCAGAGUGGACAGUGUGGCGGAGAUGGGUUGGACGUAUUUGUAGAGGAGCCUCCCAAAGAUCGAGCCUUAGUGGAGCACCCCCUGGUGAUUAGCCUGCCUCACCUCGGAGCCAGCACGGAGGAAGCCCAGAAUCGAUGUGGGGAAGAGAUCGCUCAACAAAUUGUUGACCUGGUGAAGGACAGAGCACUGGUGGGAGCGGUCAACGCACCUGCCCUAUUCAAGGCAUUUUCACCUGAGACUAAGCCAUGGAUCCAGCUGGGGGAAACAAUGGGAAAUCUUCUUCAGACCAUGUUACCCAGUAUCAAUGGGAUCGUCCAAGUCACAACAUCUGGUGAUUUACUGAAGGAUGCUGGGAGUUUCCUUUGUUCUGCAGUGACGGUUGGUCUUCUACGAAGGAACAAGGAGAAAAUCAACCUCGUCAAUGGAUCUCUAUUCGCCAAAAGCUCAGGGAUUAAGGUCAGCUCCCAACACUCCACAGGUGCAGGAGAAACAAGACUAGAGGUUUCUGCUGGGGGUAUCCAGUUGGUUGGGGGUUUGAAUGAUUCCAUUCCAUGUCUCCUGAAGAUUGGAACCUCAGAAUUCCGCAGCCCUGUGACCCUCCGCGGCACUCUGAUUUUAUGGGAGGGUUCAGCCCCAAUUGUGAAACUGACAGAAGCCCUUUCUGAGGCGGGAAGUCAACUGGAGAUGCUUCAUGUUUCAAAUGGACACAGUGUGGCUGGAAUAUCUUCUUCUCUCUCUGACCUGUCUCUCCUGGCACCGUGCAUUCAGAUUACCCUGUGACCACCCACUUUACUUUUUGACUUGUAUAAGUGUGAAAUAGCCUGUAAUUAGCUAAUAAACCAUACCAGUUUA